AUUGUUCAUUGGGCGAUCCUCAAAUUCUGCCACAUAUUCAAUCCAAAAUCUUAUACAACUGGCUAAGACUCCCCACCUUUUAUGAACGCACUAACAACAUCCAUGGAGUUUCUCGCUUCUCAAUGGCAUUAUUAGUUUAUUACAGCAAACAAAAACACUAAUCACACUCAAAAAUCACACCUCAAUUCACUCCCAUGUCAACUUCAUCCUUACCACUUCCCACUCCACUCCCACCUCAUAAUCACAGACAAUUUUCUUCUUCACAUUUUUCACUUUCAGAACCACUUCUUUCCUCCAUUGAUGAACCCUCAAAGACCCUUAAAACUCCCACAAUUCGUUCCAGACUAAGCAAGCUUUGUAGAGAUGCCCAACUUCAUAUUGCCCGCCAAGUGUUCGACACAUUGCCCAAACCAAGUACUGUUCUUUGGAACACUAUAAUUAUUGGGUUUAUUUGUAACAAUCUACCCUUUGAAGCUCUUUUGUUCUAUAGCCGAAUGAGGUCUUCAAAUUCGAUUAGUUGUGAUUCUUACACUUAUUCAUCUGUUCUGAAAGCUUGUGCUGAUACUAAGCUUUUACGGGUUGGUAAAGCUGUGCAUUGUCAUGUAAUUAAGUCUCAUUUUAAUGCUAGUAGAAUUGUUUAUAAUUCAUUGUUGAAUAUGUAUGUUACGUGUCUUUCAAAUAAUGUUGUUUCCAGGUAUUAUGAGGUUGAUUAUGUUUGUAGAGUAUUUGGUAUUAUGAAAAAGAAGAAUGUUGUUGCUUGGAAUACUAUGAUUUCUUGGUUUGUGAAAACUGAGAGAUUUGGUGAAGGUGUUAGAUAUUUUAGGUUGAUGAUGAGAAUGGGUAUUAAACCUACUCCUGUUAGCUUUGUUAAUGUGUUUCCUGCUAUUUUGAGUUGUGGUGAUUACAAGCUUGGGAAUGUUUUGUAUGGGAUGCUUGUUAAGUUUGGCGGUGGAUAUGUUGAUGAUUUGUUUGCUGUGAGCUCAGCUAUAGUUAUGUUUUCAGAGAUGGGUUGUAUAGAUUUAGCAAGGAAGGUAUUUGAUGGGUGUUUGGAGAAAAAUGUAGAGGUUUGGAAUAGUAUGAUUGGUGGGUAUUUGCAGAAUAACUGUUGCAUUGAGGCACUUGAUCUCUUUGUGAAAGCUCUCAGUUUGAAGCUUGUUUCACUAGAUAAUGUCAGUUAUAUUGCGGCUCUCACUACCGUAUCACAAUUGCAGCAAGUGUACAUUGGUAAACAGCUUCAUGCUCAUGUACUGAAGAAUUUGACAUCUUUUUCUGUCACUCUGAUAAAUGCUGUUAUUGUUAUGUAUUCGAGGUGUAAUUGUAUCCAGGAAGCCUUUAAGGUUUUUGAUGGUAUGGCUGAAAGAGAUAUUGUGUCUUGGAAUACUAUGAUUACUGCUUUUGUGCAAAAUGGGUUUGAUGAAGAAGGACUGAUGCUGGUUUAUGAGAUGCAGAACCAGGGGUUUGUAGUUGAUGCCGUAACAGUGAUAGCUAUACUCUCUGCAGCAUCAAAUCUCAGAAGUGAGGUGAUUGGGAAACAGACACAUGCAUAUCUGUUAAGGAAAGAUAUCGAGUUUCAAGGCAUGGACAGCUAUUUAAUCGAUAUGUAUGCUAAAUCAGGUUUAAUAAAGAAAGCACAAAUAUUAUUUGAAGAAAGUGAUGAAUUGCGUAGGGAUCAAGCAACAUGGAAUUCCAUGCUUUCUAGUAACAUACAGAAUGGGCUCGUUAAAGAGGCUUUGAAAGUGUUCCGUCAAAUGCUUGACAGAAAUGUGCUUCCAAAUGCUGUUACUAUUGCAUCGAUUCUCCCUUCGUGUAGCCAAGUCGGGAGCAUUGCAUUGGGUAAGCAGCUCCAUGGCUUUGCUGUCCGCCACUCCCUUGACCAAAAUGUUUUUGUUGGCACUGCUUUAGUAGACAUGUACUCGAAACUAGGGGCAAUUGCUUCUGCUGAAAAGGUGUUUGCUUUAACCCCUAAUAAGACUCCUGUUACAUACACUAACAUGAUAUUAGGUCAUGGGCAACAUGGAAUGGGAUCUAGAGCUCUAGCCUUAUUUGACGAAAUGCUGAAUUUGUGUAUAACACCCGAUGCAGUCACUUUCAUUGCAGUAUUAUCUGCUUGCAGCUAUGCUGGAUUGGUUGAUGAAGGCCUUAAGAUUUUGGAGUCAAUGGAGAAAAAUUUUGGGAUCCAACCUUUAGUUGAACACUAUGCUUGUGUCGUGGACAUGCUAGGACGAGAUGGAAGGUUAAAGGAGGCUUUUGAGUUGGCUGAAACAUUGGGCGAGGAGAGUAGUGCAAUCCAAGCUUGGGGAUCACUUUUGGCAGCCUGCAAAAAUCACAGAAAUUAUGAAUUGGCAAAGAUUGUUGCUGACAAAUUACUUGAUAUGGAAUUCAGCAAUAGUAAAAGUGGUUAUCAAGUACUAUUAUCCAAUGUAUAUGCCGAUGAAGGAUCUUGGGAACUAGCUGAUAGAGUCAGAAAAAAGAUGCGAGAGAAGGGUGACAGUAAGGAAGUUGGGUGCAGUUGGAUAGAGACUUCUGGUCGUGUGAAUUAUUUCGUGUCUAAGGAUAUAAAGCAUCCAGAAUGUGAGCAUAUAUAUGAGACGCUGGCAAUGUUAGCUGCUAAUAUGUGGGAUGCAGGUUAUACUCCUUUUUCUUAUGGUGAUAAACAGACCCACCAAAUAUGUGAUGCUUAUGAUUGAAUCGAAUGAUAUGAAAGAAGAUACGCUGUAAAGCAUGAUUCUUGCAACCCUCAGUUCCGAGGUGUAAGUCAGGCCAUGAGGUGAGAAUAAUCUAUAGACAACUAGUCUUGCGAAGGAUUUUGGGACAUUACAAGUUUUUUGCUGGCUCACAAAAUGGGUGAUAACAGGUUGUGAUAUACUUUACGGCUGCAUGGUGUGGACCAUGUCGAUACAUGGAGCCAACUAUCAAAGAAUUGGCUGCUAAAUACGCUGACGUCGACUUAGUCAAGAUUGAUGUGGAUGAAUUAUUUAAUGUAUCGAGAGAAU